ACUCUCUGUCAGCCAGUCUGCUUCCUCUUCCAACGUAAACCAAAACACCCACAAACCAAGCGGAAAGCCAGGAAUAUUACAAAGAAAAGAUGACGUUGCCCGAGUUCUUUGGCUGCACCUUCAUUGCCUUUGGACUGCCCUUUGCCCUAUUUGUCUUCACCAUCGCCAAUGACCCGGUGCGGAUAAUUAUCCUGAUAGCGGCGGCCUUCUUUUGGCUGCUUUCGCUGCUGAUCUCGUCCUUGUGGUACGCCCUGAUCCCACUAAAGGAAUUCCUGGCCUUUGGCGUGGUAUUCUCGGUAUUGUGUCAGGAGGGCUUCCGCUACAUCAUCUACAGAAUCCUGCGGAGCACCGAGCAAGGAUUGCAUGCCGUGGCUGAGGACACAAGGGUGACGGAUAACAAGCAUAUUCUUGCCUAUGUUUCCGGCCUGGGUUUUGGAAUUAUAUCCGGGAUGUUUGCUCUGGUCAAUGUACUAGCUGAUAUGAGUGGUCCCGGCACAAUGGGCUUAAAAAGUGGAUCGGAGCUGUUCUUUGUGACAUCUGCGGCUCAAGCCUUAUCUAUAAUCCUGCUGCACACCUUUUGGAGCGUAAUCUUCUUUAACGCCUUCGACACGAACAACUAUAUUCACAGUGGCUAUGUGGUGGGCAGCCACCUGUUUGUCUCGCUGAUUACUCUUCUCAAUGUCAACGAGUUGUACACCACCACUCUGCUGAUCAACUACAUAGUGACUAUAUUCACGGGUGUCCUGGCGUUCCGAGUGGCUGGUGGAACCUCGCGCAGCUUUAAGAAAUUCAUAACAUGCCAAUAAACAAGCGCUUAGUAUUAGCCACCUAGUUUAAAGACUUUGAAUAACACUAUUUAAAAAUAAAAAUUAAGCUGUAUAUGCUCGAAAUGUAAUACUA